CGGCAUGAAAGGGAGAAAAUCUGUAAACGUAGAUUAUUGUGCGGACUUUUAUUUUGAAGCAUAUACUAGAUGGGAUGUUCUUCAUUGCAUCCCGGUAGUUUUUGUGUCUCUGGAUUGAUCGAAGUUCAGACAGAGAUAAUAACAAGCUAACUACUAAAAACUUUAGCUAAUUACUGUAGACUAACUACUUCUUGCCUUAAUGUUUAUAGUUGUUGUUCCUUGGCAGCCAGCAGUCAAAAUAAUGGUAAACCUGUUAGAGCUACGUAGGCUAACGAGAAACUAGCCAACGACACGGAAAAGUUAGCGGUUUGCUAACUAGAAAGUAAGCUCGUGCUAACCACUUGUUUUGCUAGCUAGUUUGAAAGGGAAAUUAGUCACUUCAUAUUUCUUACCUUGUUCUAACAAUAACUAACGAUAGAGAAGGCUACUUUAUUCUAGCUAGAUUUAAGAAUGUCACUUGGCGCUGUCCACUCAACGGUGUCCAGCCUAAAAUCAUGUCAGACAGAUAUCGGAACAGGAAUGGACAUUAUUACAAACCUUGCACUUGACUUGGUUGAAUCCCAGGAAGGUGCUGAAAACGCAGACCUAAAAAAACUGGAGGACAUGAUGGUGGACUGUGCCAGACUGGACAGAGAGAUCAACUGCUUUGAUGAAAUCGUUCACCACAUCACAACCGAGGCCAGACACCAGCAGUACCCUGAAGCUUUGUUUGCCCUGAGUGACCGGGUGAGAGACCAGUAUACUGAGGCUAUGAGCCGGCUCUCUGAUGCUGAGUUACAAAACCACGACAAGGUGGUCAGUUUCAAGGAGAGCAUUAGAAGUUCCAUAAAACAAGCCAAUUCAAACGUAGCAGAGGACAUGGAGGAGGAGCUUGACGAAGACAUUGCUGUGACACAGAGUCAAGUGAACUUCAUUUGUCCCCUCACUCAGGUGGAGAUGAAGAACCCAGUGAAGAACAGGAAAUGUUGCCACUACUACGACCAGGAAGCAGCUCUGAGCAUGAUCAAGGCCAAACACGAUAACAGGAAGAAAUUCCGUUGUCCAAGGGUGGGCUGCAGCAACACAGACGUGAGGAAGGAGGAUUUGAUCUUGGAUACCAUGAUGAAGAGGAUGAUUCAGAAAAAGCAGAACUCAAAGACAUGAGAUGUGAUUCCUGGAAUGUUUAUUUUAUUAAAUGUUUCAACGUUGGAGACUGUUCUGGUUGUAAAAAAUAAAUAAAUAGAUACUUAAGUUACCAUGUAAAUUAGAUUUCUGUUUUCAAGGGAGAAACACAGUUGUGUCCUUAAAUAAAGUUCAUAAUUGAAUAAUCAACUAAUUUCACUCCAUAAAAAAACUGUGUGGAACUCAUCAGUAACUAACAACAUUUGUAUUAGUCCGUAGAGAUUGCAGUUAGCAAAUGUGACCAUUGGAUGGUAGUUUCUUAAUAGUUUUGUAUCUGAUAUAUGUCAAAUUAGUCAGAGUUAAUAAUUAGACAAUUAUUUUAACAGAAAAUAUUCAUGUAAUUAUUAAAAUGUGAUACGAUGGCUCAAGUUAUGCUUCAUUACCAUUUAAUGAAUUCAACAGAAAUAAAGGAAUAUUUUGUCAAUAGACCAAGUGAAUGAAA